UCCUGAGCAACUGAUGGACGCACAACAGAGGAGCAGAGAUCUCGCUGAUUUUGCUUUCGUUUUUCUAUUGAUGUGGUGAUCAUCUCUAUCUGCGAACAACAGUUUGAUUGAACGACCAUUGGUAUUUCAAAUAUUAUUGCUGUAGUUUCUUGCAAAUAACAAUUUUGACUGUAAGAUUAUAAAUGACAUUCAGUCAUAUGAACCCGUACUGUAUUUGAAAAUUAGUAUAUGUAUAUAUAUAUAUAUAUAUACAUAUAUAAAAUAUGUCACAGAAUAGUCCAUCCCGAUUCACAGCCUCUGGGAGUUCAUUGGCGGACGAAAAUGCACUGUCUUUCUUCACAUAUCGGAGAAGAACUUGGUUGCAGAGAAUGUUUGCCUGUGUAAUUACUGUAUUCGUUGCGAACGCAUUACUUCCUUCUGUAAGCACCCAACAGCCGAACCUGUGGUCGGAAAAAGAAUUGUGGCAGCAUGAAGAACCAUUGAGAAAAAUCUUCAACAGUCUCAAGAGCCGCUCUCAGAAUCAGCCUUCUUUUUCUGACAUCACCAUCACAAAUGUGACGACACAAGUUGGACAGACUGUAUUCUUGCACUGCUUUUUCGAGGCAUUUGGGGACAAAACGGUGUCAUGGGUACGUCUUCUUGAUUACCACGUUCUAACUGUUGGGAAAUACACCUAUACUACAGACGAUAGAUUCAAGGCCUUCCACACCGAAUACUCAAACGAAUGGACAUUAAAAAUUGAACUUGUUCAGGAGCGUGACAGUGGUUUCUACGAAUGUCAGAUGACUUCUAGCCCCCCGGCACGUCAAAUUCUCUAUCUUCGUGUAGUAGUUCCCCAAGCGAAGAUUCAUGAUGGGUCAGACCUCUUUCUGGACCCUGGGAGUCCAAUCAAUCUAACAUGUGUUAUCAGUGAUAGUCCAGAACUCCCUGUCUUCAUUUUCUGGUACCACAAUAACCGCAUGAUUAACUACGACCUGCCAAGAGGUCGCAUUUCUGUGUUGAAGGUUAGUCAGGAUACAGCCGUUUCUAAUCUUUAUAUCGAAGAUGCACAACCCGAAGAUUCCGGAAACUACACUUGUGGGCCUUCAAACACUGACUCAGCCAGUGUACUGGUUCACGUCGUGAAAGGAGCAAAGCAGGCCUCCGUACAGAACGACGGCAGACCACUGCAUACUUCUGCGGUUGGUACGAAAGGAUCAACGGCUUUGCUUUUCCCAAUGUUCCUCUGCUUCCAACAACUUUACCAGAACCGAUGGAGAUGACAGGAAAAUGGCCGACAGAUUUGGAAGGGUUGUGGUUUAGGGCGCUUCAAUCUGUUGUUUUGUUGUGAGUGCGCACAUUAAGUUCAAGGGUCUCUUAUUUUAGCAUUCCGUGAAUUUUUCUACAACAGAAGCAGCUACUAAGUACGUUUAUAAUUUAGAUUUUCAUUACUAUUUGUGCAAGUGUCGUCAGCGCCAAAACCGUGUUUCGCAUCGACAGGUAAUUUUGGAACCAAUGACAAGUCUAGUUCGAAAGAUACGCCCACUAUUACCAUAGAUUCUAGUUUAACUUUAGCGUGGUCGUCUUCAUUUAGCUUGCUUGCUCUGAUUAUUAUUUUAAGGGUUUCGUUGACUUCAGCUAUAAUCUCUUCACCUUAUCGUGUGUUGUUUUUUCACGAAGAGUCUUGAUGGACACAUCUUCCCCGUCCAAUUGGAAUAUUGUGACGGCUUUUGGAUUGUGUUUCACACUGCAAAUAUCGAAAUAUACGUGUAUAUAAAAUUGUUCAUAAACUGCAUGGUUAUUGUGAAGGUGAUUGUUCAUUUUUCUUGUGUCAACGUAAUAAAAUAAUAGUGUGACGAAUCCCCUCUCCCCCAUGUAAAUAUUUUGUAAUUAGAGCAAGAUCUUUUGGUGAAUGUCUGUAGUUUAAUUGUUUCAUUUCUGUGUUACAUAAUGCUUGGAAUUUGAUGUUAAGAAAUAAAAUGUUUAUAUUUCCCUGUGCUAACUCGUUGUGUUCGGCAUGUACAAGAUUUAUGUUCGACUUCUCCAGCUGCUUUUCUCUUAAAAGUCACAAGCAAUUAAAAAUUGAACAAAUAUGAUUUUAUCCUCCAAUUCAACCCCCCCCCCCCCAAAUGAUUAUGUAAGUUUUAAAACAUUCACCACAAUCUUAGCAGCAUAG